ACUGGCAUGAGUGGAACACCACUUCCACCGGUUGCGAGCUCAAGCGCCAUGUCGACCCCAUUGGCGUUACCCAGACGAGACGGAGAAGGUGCUUUAGAUGGAGGCAAUAUGAUGACACUGCGAGAGCAGGAAGCUCGUAUCGAAUCCAUUGACAAAGAGAACUUCGGCCUAAAACUCAAGAUUCACUUCCUCGAAGAAAACCUCAAGCGAACCGGCCCCGAGUUCAAUCAGAAUGCCUUUAGGGAGAACACGGAACUCAAGAUGGACAAGGUCACCAUUCAGCGAGAGCUACAGAAAUAUCAGAAGAUGCUCAAGCGCGCCGAGCACGAAAUAGAGGAGUAUAAGAAACAGUUCCAAGACUAUGUGGAAAAGGUCAAGCGUCGACACAAAGAUGAAGGCAUGCGAGAAGAAAUGGAUGAGCUGCGAAGGCUUGCCGAUGAGCGAGCUGGUGAUCUGCAGGAGCGAGAAGCCGAGCUUGAGAAUCUCAAGCGCGAGGCUGCUAACAUGAAUGACAACGACGAGGAGCUAGAGGAGCUCCGAGGGGAACUGGACGAUAUGGAGGCGGAAAUCAAGGAGAAGGACCGACUUCUUGAUGAGAAGAAAGACGAGCUUGAGGCACUCCAGGCUAAGCUUCAGGCAGGGGAAAGUAAUCAAGAUGGUGAACUCGAAGAAAAGGAGCGCUUGAUCGACGAGCAAGCCAAUCAAAUCGAAGACUUCCAAGAACAACUCCAACAAUUGACACUGGAGAAGGACGGGCAGAUUGACGCCCUGCAAAAGAAGAUUGAUUCCAUGGAUGCACGCAAGGACCAGGAGCUACGAGAGCUUGAGGAGAGGCUGGAGGACGCCGAACAGGCCGAACGACAACAAGCCGAAUCUUUGCGCGAGAAGGAGCGACAGCAUGCCGAAGCUGCGCGGGAUAAAGAAAUGGAAAUCAAAGCUCUCCAACGACAAGUACAGGCAGCCGAGCGCGCAAAGCAAGGCGAGAUUGACGCUCUCAUCGAUAGAUUACGCCUGGCAGAGUCACAAGGUGACAACCAGGUCCAGCUUGCUCAACAGGCCGCCCAAGACGCACACCAGCAAGUCCUCCACGUGACACGCGAGAAGAACACGGAGAUGGAACUCCUGCGGUCUCGGCUUGAUGCUGCAGAGGCGAAGGAAGACGAGCUUGAUGAUUGUCGCCGACAGCUACGUCAAACGCAAGAAGAUGUCAAGCGCCUACGGUCAGAGGAAUCACUACGAGAAGAAGACAUUCAACAACUUCGUAAGAGCCUCGCUACAAAGGACCAAGACCUUGAGAGGAUCAAGCGGGAACGCGAUACAGCUAUGCAAACCGUCUCUUCCAAGGAAACACAGAUUGAAGCUCUACAAAAAACGACCCGUGAGCGUGAUAACGCCCUGCGGGAGAUCCUCGCUCUCCGUAGUACUCUCAAAGAGCGGGAAUGCGAGCUUGAGACUACGCAAAAGACAAUCUCAACAUUGGAGACAGCUCAGCAAACAAGUCUUCACAGCCUGAGGACGCUUCAAUCGACCCUGAAUGAGCGAGUACGGGACCUGGAGACCGCGCGGAAGACCAUUGAGGAACGGAAUGCUGAGCUAGAGGCUCUUCGGGAAUAUGCCGACGAGCCUGAUACUCAGCUCGAAGCUGUACAAAACAUUGUGCGCGAGCGAGACCACGACUUAGAGUCUCUCCGUGACCUAGUUAACUCCCAAAGGGGCCAACUUGAUGACUUCCAGCGGACAGCCGAAGAACGACUAGCUGCCAUGGAGCAUUUGAGGACUGAGCUGUCCAACACGAAGCAGGACCACGAAGAUGAAAUCCAAGUGUUGGAAGAGAGCAUUGAAGAGGCCGACGAGGAGAAGCGGGGCCUUGAAGCUAAGAUUGCUGUCCUCGAGAAGGAGAUCAAGGGUUCCUAUGAUCUUCAAGCCAAGAUCGAACCACUUGAGAAGGAUCUACGGACUGCACAGCGGGAAAAGACGAAGCUCCAGUCACGAAUCGAGAGCCUAGAAAAGGAUCUCAAUGUCGCGGAUCAAGAUCGCGAGGCCCUUACCACUCGUAUGGAGAAACUCAACAAGGACAUCAUAUCCGCACGGCAAGCUUCCAGCGCCAGCGCAGAUGUUACGAUUGCACGGGAACGCAAAGACCUUCAUAAUCUCCUUAAGACUGCAAAGCUCGAGGCCGAGGAGCUCCAAGUCGCCGUUGAAGACAAAGAACAGAAGCUCGCUGAUGCGGAAAAGCGAUUACGCCAGGAGGUGCGGGACCGAGACACCAAGCUACGAGCUGCGGAGACCGAAGUCCAGAACCUGCAACUCCAACUCUCAGAAAAGGAUGGUGAGCUCUCGGCCUACGCAUCGAAGCUAAGGCAGGAAUCUACAAGUAAGGAGUCCCCGAAGCGGCAGUCACGGGAGCUUCGCGAUCUCCAGAACCGUCUCCAGACUGCCGAGCUGGCAGUUGAGGAUCUCCGAAUCCAGAUCUCGGACCGCGACGAACGUCUAGCUGCUCUCAAGACUGAGUCGAAGAACAUUGUUCGCGAAAAAGAAAAGAAAAUCCGCGCGGCUGAACUCGGCCUCGCAUCCGCCCAGAAACAACUCCGGGCUGCAGCGGACAACAACACCGUCGAUCUCAUGGAACUCAAGGAAGACAUCAUGGACAAGGACAAGCGACAUGCCGGCGAGCUUCGAGGCUUGGCAAAGCAAAUUCAGUACUUGCGUGCCAAAUGUCAACGCGAGGAGGGCUUCAGGGAGGCACUCGGGUUUCAGAAGAAGUUCUUCCUGAUGAUGAUUGAGGUGUAUGGUCAAUGUAACAGAGAAGACUUGAAGCUCAUCGAAGAAAUGGGCAUCACGCCUGACAUCUCCAUCCGCGAGAAGAGGCACUCUCUGCGCUCCGUGGGCCUGAUGGUGAUUGCAAGUGUGCGGAUGCGGAAGAUGCAGAUGGACUGGGCGGGUAACAAGAAGCUGCACGCCGCCCUAGCGAGGAAGGUGGAGGCGAUGAAAAGGCAGAGCCGAAGAAACGCAGGCAUUGCAGCAGCGAGGUAGAGGAGGAGCCCCUGUUCUCGACAGCACUAUUGAGUGCUCACGCAGCUCUGCUUGUAUGAUGAUGACUAUGAGACUGCGCUUUGGUUAGCUGUUUUAGCAUUAGGCGUCUUGGGCGGGUUGGAGCAUGGUCUGGCGUUUUGGGAAUGUGCAUACACUCGUUUGCCGCUGCGUGAGGGAGCUUCAUAGUGUUUUUCAGCGUUCCAAACCGGAGAGAAGUUCGGCAUUUUGGACAGCUAGUAGACCUGUGAGGCUACCCCCAGACAAUGUCAACAGGGUGUAUGUGAAUUGGGAAAUGUAUCUGCUGCCCCCGGUUUUUAUUACCAAGGGACCUCCACUUUCUCCAUCCAGGCACUGUAAACCCCUGGCAGAAUGUAUAGAGACUUCCAUUGCAUUCUAUUGCAUACCAU